AUGGCAUUCAACCUCAGUGGCUUCACAUUGACCUUGUUUGCUGCUUUUGCCUUCAUGAGCAUUGAUGUUGGUCUAGCAGCUCGUCAUCUUCUGCAAGCACCAACAGGGCCCAAUUUACCAAGGCCCAACUUGCCACAAAUACCCACCAUACCCUCUCUUCCUCAACCCAACUUGCCAAAUUUGCCCACAGGCCCAACUCUGCCUCAGCCCAAAUUGCCCACUGGGCCCAUAACAUUCCCAAAUCUUGGCCUCCCACCAAUGCCAUCAGUGACUUCACUUCCAAACAUUAUUCCCUCCAUUCCAACCACGUUUCCUUCCAUUCCAUUCUUCUCCCCACCGCCUUCAACCAAAAGCCCUUGA